AAUUCCCCAAAUAAAUAAAAAACAAGAACCCUAAUUUACAUUGCAAUUGGGUUGGUAGGGAGUGUAGGGCAGAUUGCGUAGAAUCGGAAGAUGGAAGAGGAAGAGCACGAGGUGUACGGAGGAGAGAUCCCUGACGAGGGAGAGAUGGAAGGAGACAUUGACAUGUCCGCCGCCGACGAUGACGCCGCCGUCAAGGAGCUCGACGAGAUGAAGCGCCGAUUGAAGGAAAUGGAAGAGGAAGCCGCAGCGCUUCGCGAGAUGCAAGCCAAGGUCGAUAAGGAGAUUGGCAGCGUUCAAGAUCCUGCUAAUUCAGCUGCUUCUCAGGCAAACAAGGAGGAGGCAGAUUCUCGGUCUGUUUUUGUUGGCAAUGUUGAUUAUGCAUGCACACCAGAAGAAGUGCAGCAACACUUUCAGUCCUGUGGUACUGUAAACAGGGUCACUAUCCUGACUGACAAGUUUGGCCAGCCUAAAGGUUUUGCUUAUGUGGAAUUUGUUGAAGCUGAGGCUGUUCAAGAGGCUCUCCUGUUAAAUGAAUCUGAAUUGCAUGGCCGUCAAUUGAAGGUUUUGCCUAAGAGGACCAAUGUUCCUGGAAUGAAACAAUAUCGUCCUAGGCGCUUUAAUCCUUACAUGGCAUAUGGCUUCAGGAGGCCAUAUACUCCUCCUUACUUUUACUCCCCUUAUGGAUACGGGAAGGUUCCUAGGUUUCGAAGGCCAAAUCGUUACAUGCCGUACCACUAGAAGUUUCAUACGGAAAGUGUUAUAUUGGGAAGAUGGUGCAUCCUGGAGCAGAAGUUUUUUGAUUUGGGCAUUGACACUAUCUUCAUUCAGUAUUAUAUACUCUGAUUGAGAAUAUUACUGUGAAUUUGUCUUAGGAUGCUCUUGAGCUUACAUUUUUCUUGCGUAGUUCUUGGAAGAUGGUUUACAAUUGCCAUUGAAUAUUAUGUUAGUGACUUUUCAGUCUAUAGUCUAUACUCACCAAAGAUGUACCCUUUGGUAAACUCAUCAGGCCUCCUCCUGUGUCCGGUGGUACCAAACCAAAAUUUGAUCAAAUUAGAGAUUGAAAUAUGAAUGGCGUUUUACCGGAGCAUUUUGGGUUAA